AUGGCGCCGCCUCGCCCCCCUCCGGUCCGUGGCGGGCGCCGCCCACCCCCUAAGUCUGCGCCCCUCCGUCCGGAGGAGGAGCUGCUCCUCGAGGCGGCGUCCGACGGCGACCUCGUCCUCUUCAAACGGCUGGCGAGGAUGAUGGACGGCGGGCGCGGGCGCGUCACGGAGGCGGUAGAGGCCGUUGUGGAGUGCACGGCGGGGGCACUGCACCUCGCCGCCGGCCAGGGGGAGCUGGCGAUGUGCAGGUACCUGGUCGAGGAGCUCCGGGUGGAUAUCAACGCCAUCCACGACGGAGGUGAAACGCCUCUGGCUUAUGCAAUUAAUGGUGCAAAUAUAGCUACUGUGAAGUAUCUUCUGGACCAUGGCGCUGAUCCAGAUAAAGUUGAUGACAAAGGAUUUACUUCUCUCCAUAUUGCAGCUGAAGAAGGAUAUUGCAAUAUAGUGGAGCUCUUGCUUUCUAGAGGGGCUUCUGUUGAUGCAUUAUCUAAUCGUGGUACACCACUGCACCUUGCUGCUACUAAUGGUCAUCAUCAAACAGUGAAGAUUUUGUUGGACCACAACGCUGAUUGCAAUAAGAUUGUGAAUGGUGUCUACACACCUCUCCUUGUAUCUAUUUAUGCUCCGUCACUAAAAUGUGUGAAGCUACUAAUCCAGGCUGGUGCUGAUGUAAAUGGUGUGGGUAAUAUAACCCCGUUAAUAGCUGCUGUUGGGUUAACUGAGUGCAUGAAGUGCUUAUUGGAAGCUGGUGCUGACCCAAACGUCCCUGAUGAAUUUGGCAGGAUGCCAAUAGAGUUUGCGGUAAUAUGUGGUACACGAGAAGAUGUUGAGAUCCUAUUUCCUUUAACUUCUCGUAUUCCGUCUGUACGUGAUUGGAGUGUCAAUGGAAUAAUAUGUCACGCAUACUCAUUGCCAGGGCAAAAGUUCUAUGAGAGGGGGUUGGAAAGGGACACCGCUAGUUUGAAAUUUCAAGGAAGAAAGGCACUCGAGAGAAAGGAUUACCAUUCUGCAAUUGAACUAUACAUUAAGGCAAUGGGCCUUGAUUAUGAGGAUGCGACCCUGUACUCAGAUAGGAGUGUCUGUUUUCUCCAAAUUGGCGAGGGAGACAAAGCCUUUGCGGAUGCUUAUACUUGUAGAAUGAUGCGCCCUGACUGGCCAAAGGCCUGCUAUCGGCAGGGAGCAUCUCUAAUGCUGAUGAAGGAUUAUGAAAAGGCCUGUGGUGCCCUUUUUGAUGGUUUGAAAAUGGACCCACGGAAUCUUGAGAUUGAGAACGCUUUACGGCAUGCUAUAUCUUUCAUACAAUUUUACUGCACAUUGUAUUUUAUUCAAGAUGCCAACAGUGCUACACUAGCAGUCACCAGAGCUAAAAAUCUUUGAAACACGACCACCAAGGCCUUUUUUUCAACUUGUUAACAUCAUUUGGUUAGCAACUGCUGUGGAAGACAUGAAAAAACAGAGAUAAUUCAAAAAGUGGCAUACUCUCGAAUGAUCAGUCUCUAAAUAUGAACAGCGUUUCCGGUUCCCGGCGGCGGUAUUGGGCACCAGCUAUACCGCUGUGAUCUUGAACCCUGGUUGCGUGGUACUAGUACUUAUGACUGCUGUGUAAUAUGCAGGGAGGCUAUGGAUUCCUUGAGGAUAUCCCGGGGCGCUAAGAAGACUGUAUCGAAGUGCCCAUAGGAGCUUUGUUUACCGCCUGCCUGCAGUCUGCUUGCUUGUGCAUGAUUUUU